GACGACCACUUCGCUGUGCUUCCCAUUGAGUUUCCCGUAUUCUUCGGUUGCGCCUCAAUAUCGCUCCCACGCAACGAUCUGUUGAUGGCAAGAUAUCUCUUACUAAGGAUUGUGCAAUAUAUUGUGCAUUCAUCGAGGCUCACAAUGCGCUUUACCUACGAGAAAGCUACUGAAAGUCAACUUGCAAAACUUGCCGGUCAUUGCGAUCGUUCCAACCCCACCCGCGAUGUUCUCUAUGAACUAAGCGGUGGACGUUCGGUCAUCAAAAUCUCGGACGAUACAGUCGUUAAAUGUGGCUUUGGAGUCACGCAAGAAGAAGCAAGAAAUCAGUUGCGAGCAUACGACCUGAUCGAUCAGACGAUUGUCCGCGUUCCACGGGUUCACCGGUUUUUCGAGAAGGACGGCACCGGAUACAUCAUAAUGGAAUACGUUGAUGGAAAACCUCUGAACCCUACGGAAGAUCUCCGCGCCUGUGAUGGUAUUGCCAGAGCACUAGCUCAUUUCUCGCAAAUUCGGAGUGACAAACCCGGCCCACUUGGCGGAGGUCUCGCGUAUGGACUGCUCUGGACGGAGGGGGAUUGGAUCUCGCCAACGACCAGUAGUGAUAUCGAGAACUACUUCAACACGCGACAGUUGCUACGUCACCAGAAGUUGGAAAUCAAAUCACAAAACUUCAGUCUGUGUCACCUUGACAUUGCUCCUCGAAAUAUUCUGAAAUUGAGAACCGGCUCAUUGUGCCUUCUCGAUUGGGCUUCGGCCGGGUUCUAUCCAAGAUUCUUCGAAAUCUGCACGUUACGAAUCAAUAUCUGGACACAAAAGGAUUUCAACAGCCAAGUGCUGCGUCUGUUAGAAGCUUUAGAUGAACAUGGAGAGCGCCAGGCCCAGUUGCUCGAAAAGGCCUACUAUUUGGGACAGAAGCAUAUUUACAAUCUGCCGUCCAGCUCGAAAAGAAAGAGGAAACAGGCAAACAUUGAAGGCGUUUGAGAGUGUAACAUGUACCAACUAUGUGGUUGAGGAACCGUAAAUCGUCGUUCUACAUACACUUGUUCGUUUUUGCCUGGCAGAACAACAAAGUCACGUCCAAGAAGCACACUCUGAAGCCUCUAUUGAUGCACAAGUCAGUAACCUGGAGAAGACUCGGUUAGUGGACGCAAUCAUGAACUUUGCUGCGGUUAUCAAGACCGAAGCAGUGUCCCCAUGUUGACCUGCUGAAAGACCUAGCAACCUCAUGAUGAAUAGUGGGCAAAAUGCAGGAGGGAUCAUUACCGCCUUUGCUUAGUCCAAUGACCGUCACGUAAUGUUACACGUCAACAUCGUGAAUUUGUGCUGAUCUCUACUGUUUCGCGAUGGUUGCAUUCAUUAUCGCGUCUGCUGUGCUCAGUCCGUCCAUGUAGCUGUUGCGUCUAUCGU